CUCUGCUCAAGAACCCUCAAGAAACCCUCUCUUUCUCUCCAUUGCUCCUCCUCCUCAUCACAUUCGCCAUUGCUGAGCUUGAUCUGCUCUCCAUCAUGGCCACUUCCUCCGUACCUACCUCUGUCGCAGUUUGAAUCGCAGUCAUUUGCCUUUUGGAAGUGAAGAAAUCGAGGGAAUGGCUUCGCUCUUGCUAUCUGUGAACUGUGGCCUUGGUUCUAGGACUGGAAGAUGGAAAUCACCUGAGGCAGCUGUAAUUCAAAAUAUUCAUCUUCCCAUGCAAAGUCAUGAAGUUAAGAACAGGACACUGGUGGAGGACAUAAAAAGUCUCAGAUUGAUCACUGCCAUUAAGACCCCCUAUUUACCAGAUGGCAGAUUUGACCUUGAAGCAUAUGAUUCCUUGCUUCAUAUGCAGAUUGCUAGUGGUGUUGAAGGUGUGAUAGUGGGAGGUACAACAGGUGAAGGCCAUCUCAUGAGCUGGGAUGAACACAUCAUGCUCAUUGGACACACUGUCAAUUGCUUUGGUGAAGCAGUUAAAGUGAUAGGGAAUGCUGGAAGCAACUCAACUAGAGAGGCAAUUCACGCAACUGAACAAGGCUUUGCUGUAGGCAUGCAUGCGGCUCUUCAUGUUAAUCCUUAUUAUGGGAAGACAUCUAUGAAGGGAGUAGUUUCACAUUUUGAGGCCAUACUUUCCAUGGGUCCCAAUAUCAUAUACAAUGUGCCCUCCAGAACUGGACAAGAUAUUCCCCCUCCUUUGAUACAUACAAUUUCGCAAUAUCAUAACAUGGCUGGUGUCAAGGAGUGCAUGGGAAAUGAGCGGAUUCAAGAUUACACAGAUAAUGGUAUAGUGAUAUGGAGUGGCAAUGAUGAUCAGUGUCAUGAUGCUAGAUGGGUGUGUGGAGCUAGUGGGGUUAUAUCUGCAGCUAGUAACCUGAUUCCUGGCUUGAUGCAUGCCCUCAUGUUCCGUGGGUAUGACCCCUUGCUGAAUUCAAAGUUAAUGCCGCUUCUUGAAUGGCUGUUUCUGGAGCCAAAUCCUGUUUGUCUUAAUACAGCAUUGGCUCAGCUAGGAGUGGUGCGACCCAUAUUUAGGUUGCCAUAUGUUCCUCUUCCUCUUGAAAAAAGGCUGGAAUUUGUCAGUAUAGUGAGGGAUAUUGGCAGGGAGAAUUUUGUUGGUGAGAAAGAUGUUCAAGUUCUUGAGGAUGAUGAUUUCAUUUUGUUGGGUCGCUACUAAUCGUUCAUCUACAAGUACUGAGCUGCUUUGCGUGUUCAAUGUUUACCAGUGACUGUCUCAUGUUUAUUAUUAACUCUUGUUAAAUUUCUGUUAGGAAGACAGAACCGCUUUAACUAGAAGAUCAGAAAAAGUUGGGGAAUUUAUGCAAGAAGUAAUGCCGUUACUUCUAUGAAUUUUUUUUUA